AUCCGAAUAUCGCAUGAGAUCCAUAACCAUCACGACGCCUCCGUCGUGCCCAAGCACAGCUGUCAGCUCUACCAGGACGCCCGCCGCCACCCCUCUCCAGCUUUGAGCCCUAUAUUUCAUUCUUUAUCAAGGCUAGCGCACUUUAAACAAUAAACCAUUUUCAACAUGGUAGCUGCUGUCCGCCGAAGAAAGAUGAUCGGCCAUCGCCGACGGGUGGAAGAUGAAGGCGAGGAUGAAGGUGGUUUAGAUCAGCUCGAUAUUGAUGAUGAUUCCUUGACUGAUGGGUCAAUGGCAUCUGAGGAUCCCGAUCCGGCUGACGACAGCGAUACUAGCAACGUUGAUGAGGCUUCACCAACGACACCCUCUGCUCCAAAGUUGACCAGCCAAGCAACUAAUGGUAACGGCAAUGCGAAGAGGACACAUACCAAGUCCUCCGGCGGUCUUCCGACAAAAGGCGCUAAAAAGACCGAUGCAAAUGCUGUAUCAGACACUGAAUUCAUGCUGAACAAUCUGAGCAUUUCAGACGAAGCUGCUCCGGUGCAGGUACUGAAUUUCGAAGAUUCUGUGGAGCCCUCAUCCAAGUCCUCGGCCCCUAUAGUGGUCAGCUCAAAUUCCGCCGUUGCGAAUCCAGAUUCCUCGCAAGACCGGACUGCCGAUCCCCGGCGGAAGGAGCACGAAGAAUAUAAGCGUAAACGCGAUGAGACUCCAUGGUUUGUUCCCAACAGAGGCGCUUUCUUUAUGCAUGAUCACAGGCAUGCUGGCCCUGCUGCCAACGGAUUUCGCCCUUUUGGUAGGGGUCCUCGGGGGAGAGGUCGUCCUGGUAUUGGCGGUCCUUUUCCGCCAAUGGGUCACCAAAUUCAUAGUUCAGCUGAUCCAACAACAAAUGGCCCUUGGGCACACGAUAUGCACGAAGCGGUUGCACAACCUAUACAUGCCCGACAACCACGACCGUCGUUUACUGACGAUGGCCCACCGAACGGCGAUGGCUAUAUUCCCACUUGUGCUGCCAGCACCACACCAAUCAACCGGAACAUGGCAACGGAAAAGCAUGUUGGCAAUGUACAGAUUAGGGUCUACUUCCCAGGAAUAAACGAGCCCAUCAUCUUCCCCGGUAUACAAGUACGACAGUAUACAAAAUUACCAGACCACCGGCCACCCUUGAGACGGGAUAAGCCUGUCCGUAUCUCUCUACCUAAUUUUGCUCCCCGAUAUAUCUUUCCGGCCACCGACAGGUCUUUCAUCUUUAUACCCCGAGCAAUGCGACCAAACCAGCGAUUGCGGGGCAAGCCAAGGUCUGGUCUCGGAUCUAUUGGCGGGUUUUCUAGGAGAACAAGCGUAUUUGGGGGGAGUGUAUACGCUGGUAGUGCGUAUACGCCGAGUAUUGCUCUUAGCCGACGAUCUUCUAUUGCCCCUGAUCUAGGGAGGGAUUAUCUUGUAUCCCCCACCGGUUCUACCAUGUCGCGGCCGCCAUUACCGUAUGAUGCUGCACGUCCCGUUGUCAGACUUCCUCCACAGGGUCGACCUGAACAACAGCUUCCCACUGUCGAUGGGGCAUCAGCAGAAGGACAAGCAAGAGUCGGUCAGCCCGCUACGACUGACCCCUCGACACAGCAAACGCAACCUGCAACCCAGAAGCCGGCGUUCCAAGAGAAUCGGCCUGUGCCCAUCCCUAUGCACCAACCUCGACCACAGAAGACAGUCUCGGUAGCCGGCAUUGAGUCACCAGAGAUGCAGCACAAUCCGUCCCAACCGUACCAGCAGGCCUUCCACCAGCAAGUUCCUGUUCAGGUGUCUAAUAGCCUAGGUCAAGAGUCUCACGCCCGUCAUCCCUCGUACCAGUCUCAACAUUCAACUGGCACGCCACUCUCCCAGAUUCCAGAGCGUGCCAUCCACGCUGCGCCUUUCCAGCCAAAUCAAUUCCCCCAACAGAACUACUACCAGCCUUACCAGAUGAUGCAACCCCCGCCUGGUUAUUAUUACCCGCCUGCUACUUAUCCAGGCGCAUUAGCUCCCUCUGCCGCUGCACCUGCGUUCGUCCCGGGAGCGCAGCAACCCCAGCCUCAGGGCGAGGCCGCUACCAGUCAGCCAACUGGGCAGAAUACACCUAAUUCCAACUUGGUCGCUCAGGAAGUAAACGGAAUGGUUUACUAUUUUGAUGCGUCUCAGUUGCCCCCUAUGGCUGCGUAUAACCCUUACCCAGCCCCCCAGGGUUAUCCGAUGCCUGGUGGAGUGGUUGGUAUGAAUGGUAUGGUUACUCCGAGCCCGGAUGGCUACUACUACCCCCCGUCAGGACCUGGUGUUGUCUACUACCAGCAGUGAGCUAUUUACACGCGGCCUCGGCAAUGUUGCAUCGAUCACCUAGUUAUGGAACGCGGGAUAUACUCGGUCGUGCGGAUUGGCACGUUAACGGCAUUGGUUAGCUUCAGCGUAGGUCGCUUAGGGCCUUGGUCUGGCUAUGGCUCAUACGUAUUAUGGCAUUUCCUGCUUCACACCCAUCCUUUGGAAUACCACGGCAAUAUACAAGACUCCAUCCAAACCCUCCAUCUCAGCGGUACUAUAG